ACACAGAACGUCAGGGAGGUGGGAGAACUGGGAAAAGGGGAUUGGAUGCCGGAUCUGGAAAAACAGUCACAGACGAGUCUGUUGAGCCACAGAAACACUGAACACACAGCACAGAAACAUGGGAGAUCAAAAGAUGAGACGUGAGCUUAUUAACGGGUUGAAUGAGCAUUUGUCAGGAAUGAAAGAGUUGAUUCGGAAUUCCCUCGAGGCCAGGAAAUUCGCAUACUGCCCCUACAGCAAGUUUCGAGUCGGGGCAGCACUCCUGACACACGACGGGACGGUUUUCACAGGCUGCAACGUGGAAAAUGCUUGCUUCAAUUUGGGAAUCUGCGCUGAGAGAACUGCCAUCUCUAAAGCUGUAUCAGAGGGCUACCGGGAUUUCAAAGCUAUUGCUAUUGCCAGUGAUAUGUGUGAGCACUUCAUUUCCCCCUGUGGUGGCUGCAGGCAAUUCAUGAGAGAGUUCGGUGCUAACUGGGAUGUGUAUUUGUCCAAACCUGACGGUUCCUAUGUGGAGAUGACAGUUGAGGAGCUGCUGCCUGCGUCUUUCGGUCCAGAAGACUUAAAAAUGAAGAAAGUGAAUAUUCGAAACGAGUUCUGAAUCGCCACUUAUUUAUACUUGCUAGUUUUGCUGUGUGGACAGAAAAAGCUCUAUGUGUAUUAACGGUGCUUAAUAAUGUGUGUUAAAGAAUGUUUAUGUAAAUGUGUAAAUUAUAUGUUAAGAUUCUAAUUAUUAUUUUUGAAUAAAUACAAAGUCAGUACAGUUAAAGUGAACAAAA